ACAUGAUCACAUUCAGACUCUCUUUUUUUGUUUUACUUAAGUGAUUUAGCUAGGCUACUUAGCUAGCAUAUGAAAAAAGCAAGUUAAUGUUAUGAGGACCUUCCCUUCUGAAUUACAGAUUAUUUUGUAAACAUUCAAAUUACCCAUGAGAGUGGAGAAAAUUACAUGAUCUUCUCAACAACCACGCUGGUCGAUGGCCUCCAACAUACCAAGAAGAGUUCACAGAGCCUUGAUUUUUUGUCUAGGUAAAAAAAUACAAUAAAACAAGAAUAUUAAAGGGACAACUGCUGGCUAACACAGGGACUAAAAUCACUAUUACUAGCCAAACAUACUGCAGCAGGUUACAUGGCAAAAUCACUUUACUGAGUGUAGCCUUCGGGUAGCUGGCAAGCUAGUACCAAGUUUCUCAUAAUGUGAAAAGAAACGUUUAUACUGCCUUCUGCAUUAUAAAGUGUUUGGACUGCAACAGCUGUUUAAAGGUAGGGCAUGCUGAACAACGACAUCGACAUGAACAACAGUUUUUUUAAGUGACAUCAGGUAGAUAUUUACCCUACAAACCCCAUAACUAGCUUGAACUCAUCGAGCCUUGGUCAUGAAAGUGUUUUGUUUCCACUGUUUUGGCUAAAACACAUAUAUAACCUUAGCCUAGCUGCUAAUGCUAAAGGCAAUAAUAGUUUACUCUGCGCUCAUGUUUAUUAAGCCGUAAAGACUGCAGGCCUACAAAAAGCUACAAUAAACCUGCUGUUCAACAUAUGGGCUCAGCCUGUGCAAGGAGAUUAUACAAUGACACUUACAUGAAAGCCAGCCAAUUGAUACUGUUAGAAAAUGGCUGAAAGGAAAACUUCACUGUCAAUAUGUACCAUAAUACAAAAUGGACAAUGACAAUGUAAGAGAUGUAGAGACAUUCUAUGUAACGGUGAGUUUUAAGCUACUAGCUAGCAGUUAGCAAACAUUACACACACAAUUUACAUUUACCCAGGACUGACAUUUUAACAAUGCAUGGAACGCUGACUGCUCUCUGUCUCCUCUGAGGGUGCGCUCUGCUCCACCGAGGCUGCUGUCAACCCAACGUGAGUGAAAGUGAACGCGAGGAGGUUACCUGAGACCGCGCGUGCGUGCGCCGUUGGGGGGGCCGCGUCAUCGUCACCUUGACGACCGGGGUGUAGCUGACCGUGGAGAGGAAGCUUUCCGGGGCCUCGCAAGGCCUCACCAUUGUUCAGAGAUCGGGGUCAGCCAGUGAUGAUCUUUUGCAGUUUGCAGAGAUGGAUACCUUUAGCAGCAGUAAGUUACAGCAGAAGGCUCUGCAGCAACCUAAGCAGAAGAAAUCCAAGUCGGCUGAAUUUCUGAUGGGGAGAGAGGAGAGAGGCGCUCUGGUAGGAAUAGAAAACCCAGCGUUCGAUGGAGGAGGAAGCGCCGAGCUCUCCGUUCCUCCGGUUUGGCUGGGGAGAGAAAUUCGAGGUGACAGGCCAGAUAGCACCCUUGCAGCUCACCAAAAAAAAAUGGAGCUGCAAGCCCCUGCCAAAGAAAGAGGAAAUCAACGUGCCCAAAAUUACUUUGACCCCUCGUCGGCGGAGCAGACAGACCCAAGGCAUCGCAGAGCGGCUGGGGUCAGCACUGAAGAUGAGCUGGAAUUAACAAUAUUGAAUGCUGAUGAAAACAGGCUGUACCAGAGAAUGGCUGCGUUGCUGGAUGAGGACGAUGCCUUCACAGAUAUACCUGGUACGCUGCUAGCCUCCAGGGAUGAGGAGGUGUUGGAGGUGAAGGCGGGUGAUCCGGUGCUUCAGCGGCGACUGCUGCUCCACGGUGGUGGUGAUGCCUCGGGCUCCAGGCCCUCCCAGGCCCGUACCAUUGCCAAAACCCAGGCUGGGGCUGGUGCUGGGCUGGGAGGAGAGGCUGGACUCGAAGCAGGGAGGACGGUAAUGGGCAGAGAGAGUGCUGUAAAAACGAGGACAGCUAAGGAGGUGAUCCCCCACUACGCCCAGCAGCUGAGGGAGCGUGUGCGGCCUGACAUGAUCACGCUUGGCAGCCUUUCACUGCAGCAGCAAGCGGCUCAGAAGGGACCACUGAAGAGGAGUGAGUGGGCAAAGAGAAAGGAGAGACUAAUGGCCUUCUUCACUGGGGAUGUUAAGGAGCCUCAUUCACGAAGAGACGAGACAGUCAGAGAGGCACCGCGGCAGCCCCGACUGAACACGCUGCUUCACUGCAGCGACACCAUUGAAAGCCCGUCACUCAGAGCGCUGGGGGAAGGCCAAGAGGAAGCGGCGGCCAAAUACGGCCAGAUGACAGAGCUCCCAGAAUCCUCCUCUUCGGCGUCACGGCUGUGGCAGGUGAACUACAGCACCGCUCCCCAGCCUGUGGAGGUCUGUGUGUGUUGCCUAAGAGCCACCAGAGACAAACUACCCGAGGGCCUCUACACUGUCAGCGUGUCCCUUCACAGUCGUCUCGGGGGUCCAGCUCUGGCAUGGGCCAGCGAGAAAGAGCAGCAACGAUGGGCGGUGUCCACCGAGCCAAUCAAGCAUCGUGGCCGCUUCUACGACACUGAUCUGCACUUUAACCAGAGUCUGUUCAUGAUCCUACCCGCAGCCUGUGAGGUCGUCCCAUCCAUGGUGCUGGUGUUCAAACUGAUCGCACUACCAGGACACGGCAGCCACAUCAGCUCCGCGAUGGCUUGGGGGACAUUUCCUGUUUGUGGGGCGAGCCUCGGUCACGUCCAGGGCAGGUUCAAAACCCCUCUGCUCAGGGGGGAGCCCAGCGCACAAGUGGACCAGUUUAAAAAAAUUGAAGCCCUCGUCUCCUCUGAUCUGGACCACUGGCUGUGCAACCUGUACUUUCAGGUAAAGAGGCUCCCCUCUGGAACAUCUGGGGGGCCGGAGCCGUGCAUCGCCCGAUCAGUAUCCCCUCCUAACCCUGCAGCCCUGCCGCAACCUGAGGUCCAUCAUGAGCAAACACAGGGCCAACCGCCACCCCAGCCCCCGCCCCCGUCGCAGCCCCAGCUCCGUCCUCACCCCCUUCAUCCCCAGUCCCAGUCAUAUCCCCACCAGCAGCCGCACGCAGGCCCCAGCAGAGGAGCAGGAGAACCCGCUGUGGUACACUCUCACUGGGGGUCCCCUCUCCACCUGUCAGCUGACUCGGCUUGCUCUUCCUCAUCUCUGCCAGGGAAGAAUUCCUCCUCGGGAGCCAUUUCUGGAAACACAGGAGACAAGAGUGAUCCAUGCAGGGAGAAAGCAGAGGGUGGGAUCCACUACAAGAAGAAGCCAAUCAAGAAGACAAAUAGCUGCGGCCCCAGCAUGAGCGGCAGCAGCGCACCGCCUCGGCAGGCAGACAAACAGAAGAUGCAGCCUUCAAUGGAGAACCUCUCCGCGGAGGAGAUGGAGGAGUAUACAUUCUCCCUACAAUCAGCACCGACCGGAUCUGGCUCCCGCCGCUCGCGUCUGUCCGACCGAGCCCGCCUGGCCCUCCGUAUGCUGCCGUCCGAGCUGGGCCUACCGUUACCACGGCAACAACAGCCGCAUAGUAGCUGGCGUGGCUCUGUUAGGCAGCUCGGCCUCAUUAUGCCGCUGCUGGCUUUGAUGUGGUUUGUGAGGCUCUACCUGCAUUACUGCAGCCAGUGGCUCUACCUCCAGGCCAUAGCAGUUCCUGUCAACAAAUUCCAGUUCCACGCACACACGGUGGACCUCGUAUACCAGAGCUCUUUGCUCCACACCCGGGAGGAGCUGGCGAUGGUGGUGGUGGGUCCCCUGACCUUGAACGCAGUAACGUUCCUGCUGGUUCUGAUCAGAUGGGGCUGUCAACAGAUAUUUGGCUCACUCCCUUCCUUCACGUCAAAGUUUAUCAUGGCUCAGGGAGUGUGGACAGUCCUCGACCCCCUGGCGGUCUUUGCAGUGGACGCCGUCCUCGGGCGUCUCGCUUACAGCCCAGACACACCAGUGGGUGACGCAGCCAAGCUUUACUGGCACUUCUAUCGAGCUGACCAAUCAGGCACAGCGGGAGUGAUCAUCACUCUCUUCCUCUACAUGGUCCUUUUCCUGCUCUCCAUCACCAUCCUCUUCAUUUACCUGCUCAGGGAACAGACAGUGAUUCAGUAUGAAUCCCCCCCACUUCUUCUUCUCCUCUCGCCACGUUUCCCAAGAUUCCACAACGAUGGCCGCAUGCUGGACGUCUUUCAGCGGCUGACGGCCAAGGAGGGGACCUACUUCCUGCCUCAGGACCUGGAGCUGUCCAACCAGGAGCUGAGCUACAUCGUCAAGAAGGCGGAGCAGUGGAGAGGCUUCAAUGGGGAGAGGCGCAAGGUGGCUGUCUAUGACUAUAUCUGGACAGCAGACGACCCCUCAGCAGGCUCUGCGGCCCCUCGUGAACCCCAGAGGGAGGGUGCACCUCUGUCAGAGGGAGAGACCAGCACCCAUGUGGCAAUCUUCACCCUGUACCUGAGCGGGAUGAAACAAAGAUACAGGCACUUCCUCCGCCAGCCAGAUGGGGUUAUCAGUGAGGUGAUUGGUGACGUGGAUGUGCUGGACGACGCAGCCAGGACGGUGACCCUCAAGGGUCAGGGCUCCGCCAAUCAGAGAGAGGACAAGGGAGGCGCAGGUGCUGCACAUCUGCUACGGAAACGGAAGAAACUAUUCGGACGGUCCCACCGUGUUGAGCCAGUAGGAGGAAGCGGGUGUGGCUCCAGUUUUGCACUGCAAGACCUCAACCAAUGAUAUCAAAGCAAAGGAAGAGAUCGUUGGACCUUAAACUAAUGUUAGUCAUCUGAUCAAUCUUCUGGUUUACUUAAAGCUGCAAGAACGCAAGAACCAGUCAACUGUCGAAUCCAUGCUCAAAUACAAACAGGGGGCAGCAUAUAAUCAGAGUAACAGCUAACUGCUGCUAACUGUAGCUAGCUAGUUAGCUUGUUUAACCAUGCAUCUAGUUGUCCAGACUGUGUUGGUGUUUACACUGGUAGCACAAUGGCUGCUGCUAGCUGGUUAGCAUGCUAACUUCAGUAGAUAUAACUGCAACACAAAAGGUAGACGACUUAAUAUCAAGACUGUUAUUUUUCCACAUUCUGAAGAUAAUUUGAGGUAAUCUUUGAAUGUUUUCCACUUAGAUACCUACACAUUGUGUCAGCUGGGACAAUAAUUCAAAGAUUCAAAACAGAAUAACACGCUCUCAAAAGUAAAUACCACAUUUUAACAGCUUUGUCUCAGGAGUACAAAAUGUGUGUGUGCCGUGUAGUUUUUUUUGUUGGGUUCUAAACAUUUGGAUGUCAGAAGAAAUGCUUUCCCUCCAAACAUACGCAGUAUGAAGGUCAACAUGAAAAAAUAUGUGCCUGACAUUGUAGUCAUGGAACAAAAUUACUAUCAUGAAAGACUAAAAGCCUUAAAAUGGCACCUGUUCCUUCUCACUCAUUAAAAAAUCCACAAUGUAGGAAAAUGCUAAUUAUUUUAGGUUUAACAACAUGAAUUAUCACAUUUAGUUCACUGUAAAGUCCAUUCUCAUGUAUGUGAACUGGAGGUUUUGAAGUUUUGCCCACUGGCUGAAUACUGAGCCAGGGUUGGCUUCCAAAGUAGUUGUGAUGUCGCAAAUCACGCUCACCUCUUGAAGGUGCACUAUGGAGUUUUGGGGACAAAACUUUAUUAACUGAUGUAGCAUACCUAAACAAACUAAACAAACUAUUUUUUCUUUAUGACUGAUUAAGCAAACUGACCUUAACGGGAGACACAGUUUUGUUCUGUUUUACUUUGUUUUUAUGUGGCAGCCACAUUU